AAUUUUGUUUUCAUUUUUUGUUGUUCUUGAUCUGGAUUUUUCGCAUGUCGAAUUUCACCACAAAUCUGUCAAACAUUAAUUGAUAAGGAUUUUGUAAUCGAAAAAUCAACAAACACAUCUACCUUGUUGACAACUUUGAAUUCCAUGCUGGAGCCAUGAAGACACGUUUCAAUACUUAUGAUAUAAUUUGCGGAGUCGCCGAACUGCAAAAGUUGGUAGGCUGGCGCGUGAAUCAGAUCUAUGACGUGGAUAACAAGACGUAUCUCUUCCGGAUGCAAGGAACCGGAGCAGUUGAGAAGGUGACUCUACUGAUUGAAUCCGGAACUCGGUUCCACACCACCAGAUUUGAAUGGCCCAAAAAUGUAGCCCCCUCGGGAUUCAGCAUGAAGCUGAGGAAGCAUCUGAAAAACAAGCGCCUGGAGAAGAUUCAACAAUUGGGUGCCGAUCGUAUAGUUGAUUUUCAGUUUGGUACCGGCGAUGCCGCCUACCAUGUUAUUUUGGAGUUGUAUGAUCGGGGAAACCUUGUUUUAACGGACAGCGAAUUGACCACUCUGUAUAUUCUGCGUCCUCACACUGAGGGUGAGAAUCUGCGGUUCGCUAUGCGUGAGAAAUAUCCGGUGGAACGGGCAAAGCAGUCGUCGGAAGGAUUGAAGGCAGAGGCCUUGGAGCAGCUACUGGAGAACGCCAAAAAUGGCGAUAACUUACGACAAAUCCUGAUGCCCAACUUGGAUUGUGGUCCCUCUGUGAUCGAGCAUGUACUCCUCCAGCAGGGCUUGGAUAAUCGUAUCAUAGAAAAAGCGAAGAAUGCUGAAGAUGCUCAGGAGUCAGAGGAAAAGCCAGAGAAAGGCGGUAAAAAACAGAAGAAGGGACGAAAUCAACAAGCUAAAGUUGAACAGAAGCCGUUUGAUAUGGUUAAUGAUCUUCCACUUCUUAAAAAAGCAGUAAAGAGUGCUGAAGAUCUUCUUACUGAGGGAACUAGUGGACAGACAAAAGGCUACAUAGUCCAAGUUAAGGAAGAAAAACCAGCCGAGAAUGGAAAGGUGGAAUUUUUCUUCAGAAACAUUGAAUUUCAUCCAUACCAGUUCGUCCAAUUCAAAGAAUUUGAGUGUGCCACCUUUGAAUCCUUUAUGGAGGCGGUAGAUGAGUUUUACUCCACGCAAGAAUCACAGAAGAUCGACAUGAAAACGCUGCAACAGGAACGUGAGGCGUUGAAAAAGCUUUCUAACGUUAAAAAUGAUCACGCCAAGCGACUCGAAGAGCUUACAAAGGUCCAGGACGUGGAUCGAAAGAAGGCCGAGUUAAUCACGUCCAAUCAAAGUCUUGUGGAUAAUGCCAUACGCGCUGUUCAGUCCGCCAUCGCCAGUCAGUUGUCCUGGCCCGACAUCCAUGAGUUGGUCAAGGAGGCUCAGGCCAAUGGCGAUUCUGUAGCAAGCUCCAUAAAGCAGUUAAAACUGGAAACUAAUCACAUAUCGCUUAUUUUGAGCGAUCCCUAUGGGGACAAUGAAGACGAUGAACUGGAAACUCCAGAGGCAACUGUGGUGGAUGUAGACUUGGCUUUGUCAGCGUGGGCCAAUGCUCGCCGGUACUAUGAUCUUAAACGUUCGGCAGCGCAAAAGGAAAAGAAGACUGUGGAUGCUUCACAAAAAGCUCUGAAAUCUGCAGAGCGUAAGACGCAGCAAACGCUUAAAGAAGUGAGAACUAUAUCGAAUAUAGUCAAAGCAAGGAAGGUCUUCUGGUUUGAAAAGUUUUAUUGGUUUAUAAGCUCAGAAAACUAUUUGGUCAUUGGAGGACGAGAUGCGCAGCAAAACGAACUUAUUGUAAAAAGAUAUAUGCGGCCCAAAGACAUCUAUGUUCACGCUGAAAUACAGGGUGCCUCAAGUGUUAUUAUACGGAAUCCUACAGGAGAAGAAAUACCACCAAAAACUUUAUUGGAAGCCGGUUCUAUGGCCAUCUCGUACAGUGUAGCUUGGGAUGCAAAAGUAGUUACCAAUUCCUAUUGGGUGACAAGCGAGCAGGUCAGCAAAACAGCACCAACUGGCGAGUAUUUGGCCACUGGUAGCUUUAUGAUCAGAGGAAAAAAGAACUUCCUACCGUCCUGCCAUCUUAUCAUGGGUCUCAGUCUGCUGUUUAAGUUGGAGGACAGCUUCAUAGCUCGCCAUUUGGGUGAGCGUAAAGUGCGCAGCAUAGAUGAUGAGCCAAGCGAACCUGACUUUAAGGAAACUGAAGUAGCAAACGAUCUUUUAUCCGAGCAUAGUGACGAUUCAGAUGCCACUCCCGUCGAAAAUGUUUCGGAGCCAAGUUCUAAUACGGAUAUAACUGCCUUUCCCAAUACCGAGGUGAAGAUUGAACACGACACUGGUCGGAUAACAGUCAAAUCCAAUUCUGUCAACGAGGACCAAAAUGAGAAUGUGGACAACGGCAAUGUGCUAGAAAAAUUAUUGAAAAAUAAGCCUGCCGAAGAGGAAACCACAAUCAUUACGUCAGUUCCAAGCCGCAAAAAGCAAGUUAGUGCUAAAAAGAGCAAAGAAGAAAAGGCGAGAGCUGCCAAGCAGGAAGCUAAAGCAGCGGAAGUGGCAGCUAUCGAAUCAGAGCCGAAGAAUCCAUCGCAGAUCAAGAGAGGUCAGAAGGGAAAACUAAAGAAAAUAAAACAGAAAUAUAAGGACCAAGACGAUGAGGAAAGGGAAAUUCGCAUGAUGAUACUUAAGUCGUCGGGCAAAGAAAAGGCGCAGCCCAGUACUGAGAAAGUAGUGGAAAAGAGCGUCAUCCAAAAAGAGGAACCGAAGCAACAUAAAAAUGCACCACCCAAAAAUCCAAUUGAAUUGGAGGAUGCUGAUGAUGCACCUGCUGGCGGGGAUGUGGAUAUUCUCAAUAGUCUUACAGGGCAGCCGGCCGAGGGCGAUGAGUUACUAUUUGCAAUUCCAGUAGUGGCUCCGUAUCAGGCUCUGCAGAACUAUAAAUUCAAAGUAAAGCUUACUCCAGGAACUGGAAAGCGAGGAAAGGCUGCCAAACUAGCUCUCAAUAUAUUCGCCAAGGAAAAAGGCUGCAACACUCGAGAGAAGGACUUACUGAAAAGUAUAAAGGAAGAGUCGCUCGCUAGAAAUAUCCCUGGAAAAGUUAAAUUAUCGGCACCGCAACUUCAAAAGUAUCACAAAUAAGAUGUAAAUGUUAAACCUUAUAUGAAAAUUGAAAGUAUUUUAAAUGCUUUUAAAAAUUGCUUUAAUAAAUGGAUAGUAAAGCUUA